AAAGCUUGUUGGAGAAACUUCUAUAAAUGGAGCUCCUAGGUUGAAGCUCGCCCAGAGUGAGAAAGAGGACAUGUUCUCCCGAAAGAUAUUAUUUGCAGUUGAGUUGCAAGCAUAAAGGAGGAAGAUGGAGAUGGCAUUGGGAAGCAUGGGAAUGAUGAGGCUCGACCUAUUUGAUAUCUCCGGGCUGCCUGAAGGCUUCAGAUCCACCGUCAUCGCUCUCAUCAGCCCCCGGGAUGCCUGCCGGGUCAGCGCGGUCUCCUCGGUGUUCAAGUCGGCCGCCGACUCAGACUCUGUCUGGGAGCGGUUCCUGCCGACGGACAUCGACUCCGUCCUCUCCCGUGCCUCCGCUGCUCCUUAUUCUCAGACGCUGCAGUUGUCACCCCGGAAGCAGCUCUACUUGAGUCUCUGCCACCGCCCGGUCCUUAUCGACGAUGGGAGAUGGAGCUUUUCGCUGGGCAGAAGCAGUGGGAAGAAAUGCUACAUGCUCUCCGCGAGGGAACUCUCGAUUGUGUGGGGCGACACCCCGAGGUAUUGGAGAUGGACAUCUGUGCCUGAUUCGAGGUUCCCUGAGGUUGCCGAGCUCAUCAACGUUUGCUGGUUUGAAAUAUGGGCCAGGUUUGAUGUUCGCAUACUGUCCCUGUCAACGCUAUACGCAGCAUACCUAGUGUUCAAGUUUAACCCAGAUUCGGAUGGAUUUGAGAACCUGCCUAUUGAGGUUGGAGUUCAUCAUGUUGAUGGUGAAACUAUUAUGAACCGGACUGUUUAUCUAGACCAUGACCUGGAGUUGUUGCAAGAAGGCACGGAUAUAUACCCAAAGGAGAGGGAAGACGGUUGGUUGGAGAUCAAAUUGGGUGAGUUCCCGUGCAAUGAUGGUUAUGAUGGAGAAAUGAGGGUGAAUCUCAUGCAGGUGGAUUAUGGUUGCUGGAAAAACGGUUUAAUCAUAGAGGGGAUUGAGAUUCGCCCUAAAGAGACUGAUUAAAAGUGGAGGGUAAUAUUGAAUCGAUGAUAUUUUAUCGGUUGAGAUAUCGUUUCUUGUAUAUUACGGUUUAGAUCUGACAUGACUCGACGGCAUUAAAAAAUUAAUAUAGUCGAUGUCGAUGCUUGUAUUGUUUCCUGAUUGUAUUUAGUCGGUUCUCUUUUCUUUAAGAUUGUGCUUUCUGAGCAUGUCGCCAAGUUACAAUGUACUCAGAUGCAUUGAAUUGAGCAACUGAAUCUGUGUAUUGCCAUUGUUUCUUUACACAGAAACAAUCGACACGGUCUUACCUCCGAGAACAAUUAUCUGUUCUCAUGUAAGUGUACUGUUCACUGAGGUCAAUCAUUCAAUCUCUUCUUCUGUUAA